GGAAGUUCGGAGGGUAUUUGACAGGAGCAAAGCGAGGGAAGCCGCACGGGAGCCGAGGACCGCUGCGCGCCAGCGGACUGGAGAGGCAGAGGACCGCGGAGCAGCCCCUGCACGUCGGCUUGCGCGCUCGCCCGCUUUCCCGACCCGGUGCCCGGGCGCAGGGCGCAGGGCGCAGGGCGCGGCCGCUCCCGUCCCGGGUCCCCACGGCGGCCACCAUGCAGCUGCCCCAACUCUGCUGGCUGCCGCUGCUCACCGCGCUGCUGCCCCCGACGCCCGCGCAGAAGAUCUCGGCGCUCACGUUUUUGAGAGUUGAUCAAGAUAAAGACAGAGACUGUAGCUUGGACUGCACAGGCUCUCCCCAGAGACCUCUCUGUGCCUCAGAUGGAAGGACCUUCCUGUCCCGCUGUGAAUUCCAGCGCGCCAAGUGCAAAGACCCUCGCUUGGAGAUCGCUUACCGAGGAAACUGCAAAGAUGUGUCCAGGUGUGUGGCCGAGAGGAAGUACACCCAGGAGCAGGCCCGGAAGGAGCUGCAGCAGGUCUUCAUUCCAGAAUGUAAUGAGGAUGGUACCUACAGCCAGGUUCAGUGUCACAGCUACACGGGGUACUGCUGGUGCGUCACGCCCAACGGAAGACCUGUGAGUGGCACUGCUGUGGCCCACAAGACCCCUCGCUGCCCGGGUUCCAUAAAUGAAAAAUUACCCCAACGGGAAGGCACAGGAAAAACAGUCUCCUUGCAAAUCUUUUCCGUUCUGAAUUCAGAUGAUGCCGUGGCCCCGGCGCUGGAGACUCAGCCUCAAGGAGAUGAAGAAGACAUUGCUUCACGCUAUCCCACGCUUUGGACUGAGCAAGUUAAAAGCCGGCAGAACAAGACUAACAAAAAUUCAGCCUCCUCCUGUGAUCAGGAGCACCAAUCUGCCCUUGAGGAGGCCAAGCAACCCAAGAACGACAAUGUGGUGAUCCCCGAGUGUGCUCACGGUGGCCUCUACAAGCCAGUUCAGUGUCACCCAUCCACGGGCUACUGCUGGUGUGUGCUGGUGGACACGGGACGCCCCAUUCCUGGCACAUCCACCAGGUACGAACAGCCAAAGUGUGACCACACAGCCAGGGCACACCCCACCAAGGCACGGGAUCUGUACAGGAGCCGGCAGCUGCAGGGUUGUCCCGGGGCCAAAAAACAUGAGUUUCUGACAAGUGUGUUGGAUGCGCUGUCCACAGACAUGGUCCACGCUGUCUCUGACCCGUCCUCGGCAUCCAGCAGGCUCUCGGAACCAGAUCCCAGCCACACCCUGGAGGAGAGGGUGGUGCACUGGUACUUCAGACUGCUCGACAAAAAUGGCAGUGGAGACAUUGGCAAGAAGGAGAUCAAACCCUUCAAGAGAUUCCUCCGGAAGAAAUCCAAGCCCAAAAAAUGCGUGAAGAAGUUUGUGGAGUACUGUGAUGCCAACAGCGACCACUCGCUAUCUGUGAGAGAGCUGAUGGGCUGCCUGGGCGUGGCCCAGGAGGAGGGCACUGCCAGCACCAGGAAGCGCCACACCCCCAGAGGCAAUGCUGAAGGCCCUGCUAAUAGACAGCCCAGGAAGCAAGGAUGAACCAACCGUUCACAUACUCAAGGCAGUUCCUAGACAUGUGGGAAUCUCCCUCACCAAAGAGCAAUUAAAAUCCCAAACCAAAAACAUAUAGUAUUUGCACUUUGUACUUUAAAUGUAAAUUCACUUUGUAGAAAUGAGCUAUUUAAACAGACUGUUUUAAUCUGUGAAAAUGGAAGGCUUCAGAAAAUUAAUCACAUACAAUGUAUGUGCCUUCUCCCGACCUUUGAAAGCUGGAGACGCCUUGCAGUGCCUCUGAGCUGCACUUCUGCCUGAGAUCCUUCCGCAGCAGACACCUUCUCCUUCCGGAAGGAGCAGCUGCAGCCCUCUGCCUCCGCCCCUGUCUGCUUGCCCAGCCCUGUAGCUUCAAUUUGUAGCACACUGCAGUUACUGUGCACAGGUUGGCCUGUUUCUUGGGAUUCUAUGUUUGUUUUGUUUGGCUUCUCAGAAAUCUCUCUCACACCACUAACUUCCAGCAAUCAGGGCAGGUAGUGUCCUGGUAGGAAAGAGAAGUUCAUCUACUUCGCGUAUCCAUUUCAAGCUUCUUAAGUCUGGCCAUGGGCCUCCAUUAUUCAUGCCAUUAGAUUUCCAGAGUGGCUCCUGCUGAGGCUCGGCACCCCGAGGGACACCAACUGCAGAAAUUUGAGUCUGAGGCCCACCCUGCCCGAGAGGGCAGGACUGGCUUAGCUUGGUGGGCUCACCACCUGGCCACCUGCUUCUGUCUCCCACGUGGCUGUCCCAGUCCCAUCCACAUCUGGCUAUGGCCUACCCUGACCCACUGGAAGGGAAAACUGUCCCCUGAAUAAAUUGCAGUUUCCCUAGAGAAGGUAGCUGCAGCCCUGAUUGUGCCAGUGGUGUCACUUGGCACAAGGUGGACUGCUCAGCUUCCUGUAGCUCCAUGCUUCAGGGGCAGCAGCACAUGCCUGCGGUGGGGACUGUGUGAACGGGCUUGUGAGAGGAGGCUCAGGAACAGGGUGCUCACACUGAGUGACAGGACUGAGGUUAGUGUGCACUCCCCGGCCCUGUAGAGCCCUGGGAGGAUGGACCCAGAACUCAUCACAAGAGCUGUGUGCCCAUCACAUCGGAAACUUUUGGUUGGAAAAAAUUCUUCGUGGCCUCCAGUCUCCCAACAGUGUCACAUGUUUGAUGUCCAUGAAUCUUCAUGAAGAUAUUUCUUGAGGCCUUAUGCUCACUUAGACUGUGUGAAGGUAAAAAUCAAAACUUCGGAGUCCUAAACCAGCUAUGUAUUAGUGUUGUCCAAAUGACAGCUACAAUCUUAAAUGUUUUGGAUAAUCUUUUAUAUUUCUAUACUUCAAAUUUAAUCAUUUUUCUUUGAUUAAAAUAAAGUAUGCUUUCAAAACUGUA